CUCCUUUCCCUCAAUUUGGUAUUGGCAUUUUUGGCCAUGAUAAGCCAAAUCAUUGAGAUUGAUCAAUAGCAAUGAAGAACAUUGAGCUAACUGUCCCGCUAGUUAUGCAUAAGCCAACACAGAAAAAUGUAAUCUGCCACUGGAUUAUUUGAUUGGUAGAGAAGAACUAACAAAGGAUAAGAUGGCUUUUUGUGUGUCAAACUAUGUAUUCCAGAACUGGAAGACAAGCCCACAGUGUUUAUUUGGUUGGAAUAUAGGUAAGAGAAACACUGAUGAUAGGCCACAGCCCAAGUACCAUGACAUUGAUCUUCCCUUCCCACCUUCUUUGGUUGGCAAAACAUUCUUAAAAGGUAGAGAACUCAAAUGCUGCUAUAAGGUCACCAUCAACGGUUUUAGCGCGACUGACUUCCACAACUGCUGUGACUUCAAGGGACCAUGUGUUAUAGUUGGCUACACAAACAAGUCCUUCAAGUUUGGUGCAUUUAGCCCUGAAGGCUACAGAAGUACAGAUGACUACUAUGACACUUUUGAUGCAUUUCUCUUUUAUUGGACAGACAAUGAAGAGACUGACCCCAUCACUCUCCCAAAAGUAGGAGGAAGUGGUGCAGCCCUUUUCGAUUAUGCACGAGGAGGGCCACAAUUUGGGGCCGAUGGGUUGCUCAUUGGACCGCCAUUGGCACCAGUUAUGGGUGGAUUUGCAGGACCUGAUACCAAUUCAGGCAUUGGUGACUUAAGGCAAGCAAAGUCUAGGUUAGGACUGUCUUAUGCUAAAAGGCCAGAUGGGAAGGAGUCAUUGUUUGGGGAUGAGUCCAAGACUACUCUUGAAGAAGUGCAAGUGUUUUGUAGCCCACAAAUUGCAAGUCUAUACUAAAUGAAUAACAGUUCUUACUUCUCUACAAAACCAUUAAACAGAUGAAAUACUCCUGUUUCAUUACCUUGUUUGCCUCUCGUCUAUUUCAAGUAAUGCAAAGGAAAAUGCUAUCAAGGGAGGGCUCUCAUAGUGACCGCAUCCCCUUGCAGCAGUUGGAUUGAGAGACUUUCUGUCAUGACCUGCCCCACCCAAUCCUGUGUAGAUACUGUCCGCUUUGCUCAUAUGCAAAUACUACUACAAUAAAGCAUAGCAACAUAUAUCAAAAUAGUGAUAUUCGUGUCAUCAAAAUUUAAUAAUACAGUUGCUUUCCUUGUACCA